CGCGCUUCCCAGACCCAGAUUUGUGGUUGACUAGGAUAGGAGAUGAUGGGAUGGGAUCGUGAGGAUGAUGUAGGUUGGUCGUGUGCUUUCUUUUGCCUUUUCGGGGUCCGGCACUCAACCCAUGGAUCUUUCUCUCUCUCACACACACAUCAUAGUACUAGAGAGAGUACUUGUUCUUUUCCCUUAACCAUUCAUGCAAACUAACUACCUACUUAAUACCUUUUCUGACAGCUUAUUCCCCGAAUCUUCCCCCAUCUGCACCCUCGUUCUUCCCACCAACCUCCCCCAUAUUUCUGUUUUUGUCCAUCACAUUCUCCUUUUCCAUCGCUGGAUCCUUUCCUUCCUCACAACACCCUCUUCCCUGUCGCUUGUUAUCCAUCACUCAACUCUCUGUCGCUUUCUCCACUCAAUUAAUGACCCGUCGACAGCCUCGGGUACUUGCAGCUUGAUUCCCUGCCGACGGAAAGAGCCAUUCCAUGCAGCAGACCUGCUUCUAGUCUGGACCUCGUACAGCUGCUGGGACCUUCUCUGAACAACGGUCAAUCCGAAGCAAUGCACCCAUCGCAUCACUGAAAAGGAGAUGUCUCAUGCGCUGGUCCAAUUUGAAACCUCGUCCUCUAUAUAAAGCUAUGGCGACGCAUCCCAAACGUCCUUUGUCUUUCAUCCAUCAUCAACAACUACAUCCAUCUUCUUUCUCUCUUCAUUCUUCUCUUCCUUGACUCUCAGACAACUCCAUUGUCGCCUUUCUCAUUUCAGAGUUUCCACUCUGCUCUUUCGUCUACACUCUCAGGGACAACCAGGUCGUUUGCCUUGCAUUGCAAUUGAAGAAGCUCCGGGGCUCUCCAUCCCUUCGGCUUCAGUACUUGAAUAUCACGAGAUAUCUCGUAUCACUGCAGCUUUGCGCGAUUUACGCAUAGUUCUACACCCACCACUUCUGUGGCAGAAAGUACGACGAAAUGGCCAACCAAUGCUCGGGUCACGUUUUCGUCAUCGUGCAGGCGACAAACGGGACUAUCCUUACCUGGCGAUGCUCUGACUGCAACUCCGGUCCGUAUGUCGCUAUCUGGCGCUGCAAGAUCUGUAACCACUGUCGCUGCAACUCCUGCCACACCGCUAAAGGCUAAGAGGAAUCACGUCACGCAUGCUUUUUUGCCUCUCGAUCGUUUGAUUCGUACAUUUCCUGGAACUUCGAAAAAGCCUUCUGCAGCACUCCUCGCGCCAUACCUGCCGAAAGCCUAUCAGCCCUUUCUUUGCGCCAUUUGAUUUUAAUAAAUAUUUUUCUCCCCAUUUCGUUCGCUUUUCAAUUCUGUUCGGUUUCUCCUGCGACUGUUUGAAAAAUUUUCCUCCAUCACUGUGGCAUACUGCGCAUUGUCCCCUCGGUUUGCUGGUGUCCCAGAUCGGAGUAGGGUCGACGGAAGUGCGCCUCUGCUUUGUGGUCUGGUCCAAUCGGAUAUCUUCCUAUUCCGGCCAGAUCUCAAUCGAUCAACAUCAAAGCCGUGGCUACCUGAGUGUGAUUUGAUAUUAACUCAUUGUCGCGACCAGAGGAGAUGCGCCUCGACUCGUAACCGCAGACGCGGUGCAGGCAGUGCUUUUUCCCCUUCCCCGCCACUAAUAUCGUCCUCUCCACUCGUUUCCCGCCCCCCUUUCGUGCUUUUGCCAUUGUUUCUUAUGUUCUUUCCCGACGAAAAGUCCGAAAAGUCGUUCUGAUGCAGAGCCACGGCCGGAAUUUCAUAUGUGCACGAUCUACUUUCGCCACAAAAAGCAGCAUCGCUCUGGUGUUCAGGGUUCCGAAACAAACGGUCUGUUGGUGAUUCAAUUCCUAUGCCGGCGUCUCCUUUCAAAGCAGAGAGAGCCUUGCAUUCUUUGUCUUAUUACACUCGACCCUAUUUUUCAAUUCUGUCUGUUUGUUUUUUUGAAAUCUUUUGUGCGAUAGAGAUGACUUAUAGACCCUUAUCAGGAAUACAAUGCGGCGACGCAAAUUUAAUGGCA